CGGGAAACUCGGAACAAAAACAAACGUCAGAUAUUUUGCUAGUGCGCUUGAGUUAAGAAACACGACUUUAAAAGAAGGAUAAACGCAUAAAAGACUACAAACAUGGACACCAUGAUUUACCUGGAUCAGGAAAAUGGCACACUGGCUACUCCAGCCAUCAAAUCUCGUCAGAUCAGACUACACUCUGCUCCAGAUCAGUGCUUGAGAACCCCACUGACAAGCAAAGUACGUAUUGGAGCGCCUCUGCAAUCCAGCCGAAAAGCUUUGGGAGUCAUAAAUAAAGUUGUUGCCACCCCAGUAGUCUCUCAUAAAGCAGAAGAGAAAUGUAAACCUCCUGAAGCCAAGUGUAAAGUGCACCUUCAGCCUGCUGGAGCAGAGUAUCCAGAGAUUGAGAAGUGCUUCCCAUACAAUCCAAGUGAAUUUGAGACCUCCUGGGUUCCAGAGGAAGUCUACCUCAGUCGUUUCUCACUGGCUGGUUUGGCAAAACUGCCAUGGCCAACCGCCUCACCUUUGGAAGAGCUUAUAUUGGAACCAUGUUUGCCACUCUCACCUUUAAAGAUGCCCAAAGUUGUGGAAUAUGUUGAUGAAGUGGGGGCCUUCCUACAGAUGAUCAAUGAGCUGACGGUUGACUUGCCCCUGGAGUGUGACUUCUGAGUUGACCUGGUUUUCUUAUUGCACAUUUUUUACUCUGUGCUGUUUUUAAAGUUGUA